AUGCAAGUGGAAGAAGUCGUGUCGCUGCCUGUACUGACCAUCACCGUCCCUACAGCCGUGCCCUCGCCCGCCGAUGGACGAUCACCCAUCAACACCGCCAUCUCGCCCGUCUACACCGACCCCAAUACGAGUCCGCCCCCCGAACCGCUGCUCGCCGCUCCACCGCAGCCUCCUCACUACCCGCUGCCGCCCAAGCCCGUCUCCCCCUCCGUACGCGACCCCAGUGUCACGAGGGGCAGAGCCUUGAGCGCAACCUCUUCGCGCAAUGCAUCGCCGCGCGCUGUCACCCCCGCUGCGCAAAGCAGGACGCAUACGCAUGUGAGCAAGCCCAGUGCCGACAUCGAUCGCAAGCCUUCCGUCAGCUAUAGCCAUCACCGCCAAGCGAGCAUUGUGCAUGGAGUCCAGCAUUCGAGGAAUCCCAGCUUGUUGUCGAGCACCAAUGCGAGCCCGUUGAGUUCCUCGAAAAUCAUGGCCAGUGGUGGAGAGCAGCCUCCUCAGCCGUUCAGUGUCCAUCCGACUGCGAGCUUGUCGAAUUCCGCUCUCCAGAAGAGUCCGUCCAUGUCGCAGUUGCCCAGCAGUGGACACACCACAGUCAAUGGGAAUACGUCGGUCAAUCGGAGCUUGGAGAAUGGGGGCACACUGGCGCAGAGACGGCCGGAGAGAAUGCAUAGUGGACGCGUCAAGAGGGCCCACGAGCAUAAUCGAUCGCAAUCCAGGGCCCAGACAGGCGUGCCCGAGCCGAAGACCGUGGGAGAGUAUGCGCUACAUCAUCUCUUCACCUCAUUCAUUGCCGAAGCAGACGAGAGGAUUGAACGAUGUCUGCAGAAGCCUGGCGAACCCGAACCGCGUGUGGAGAAUGUGUGUGGACCAGGCGCUGAUCCGGCUUUUGACCAACUGAUAUCUUCGCUGGGACACAUCAAUCGACACAAGCCGAAUUCACUGAUCGAUGCCGUGAUCCAUUGGCGGAAGAAGAAGGCCGAUGCAGCGAACACGAUCUACAACGAGAUCAAGGCUUUCAAGGAGGCGGCUGGUCUUACGAAUCGAACGAAUGGCUCUGGCGCGCAUACGAUACCUACUUCGCCGCCGAGUGGCCAAGAUUUGUACAUGUUGGAACAGAGCGUGGCUUUGGCCGAUAGAAGGAGUACCGUCUCGAUCUAUAUUUUGUGUCGGGUGUUGAUCGAGAUCAUUGGCCAGACGACGCUGAAAGCACUCAAUGGACCGGACAACAGCCUCAAUACCGCUGCGCGGCUCGAGGAUGUCAUAUAUGGGCAGCUGCAGAGCGCAGAUCCCGACACACUUGCCACCGCACCGGUCAUUCGAGCAAACUGGGUGAUCCGAGGACAGUUGCUGGGUGUGAUGAGCGGAGUGCGUUUCAAUGAAGUGGCUUCUCGCUUCAUCAUGGACCUUGAGGGAGCGCAGAAACGGCUGGCCGUGAAAGGUGCCUCGGAUCCCAAGCUGACUGCCAAGACCGCAUUGCUGGUGCAGAGCAUGCGAUGGCUGAAGAUCCGCAUUCAACCAGAAGAAAAUUGGCAGAGGUCUUGCGACGUGCUGACCGUACUGGCAAAAUACUUUGCGGAAGUGCAUGGACGGACGAUGAAGCACGCCUAUGCCGAGCUCUUCGAACAUCUCUUACUCCCCAUCGCCGCCACUGCCACGACUGAGCUGACUUACCCGAAGUGGAAGGAGGUGGUUAAUAUUCUGCAACCGAGGAUUACUCAGAUGCUUUCAAAGGCAGACCACUGGUCAUAUGUGUGCCCACUUCAAGCAGUGCUGCUAUGCGCAUCGCCGCCGGAAACUUUUGCGACACAAUGGAUCCAGCUCGUCAUGUCUUUCCAGCCCAAGGGACGAGAUCGAGCAGGCAGAUCGCACGCCCUGAAAGCGUUCUGCAGAGUCGUGUGGAGGUUCCUGUACAGACAUACCGAAUCGCCGAACCAUGUCGCCCGCAAGCUUGAUGAGGUCGUUAAACUUGUCCUUCAAGGCGGCAAGAGGAUACUAAUCUCGACGGAUCCGAUGAUUGCUGAUCCCCUGAUCCAGCUCAUCCGCAUUAUCGGCUACAAACACCAGGACUUUUGCUUCAGGAAUAUCAUCUUUCCGUUGAUGAAUUCUGAGCUCUUUUCUGGCCCCGAAAAGGACCUUCGAAUCGAGAACCUGGACCCAGAGAAGACUGUCAUUGCCAUUCGCGCUUUCCUCGCCAUCAUGUCCGAUCUCGAAAAAGGCGAGGCCCCUCCAUUCCCUUCACGCUUCGAGUGUGAUGUACAUUUGGACCCUUCUUCUCGCUCACCCAUCACCCACCGAAGGACUCGUUCCCAAGGCUUUGCUGUGUCCGCAGGCCGGACGGAGCGCUUGUCACGACCCGUAAUGACUACGAACCUUAAUGACGGUGCCAAAGAGUACUAUGUAAAAUUCUGCAAGAUGCUUGGACAGCUCACGAUAAUUUGCGACAACACCUUCGGCGGCCAGGCUGUCCUGGAUGAGAAGUUCGCUUCUCAAACGCCGAAGACACCCAUGGCCGAAGCAUUUACCUUCAACAAGCGAGAUGAUUUCAUGAACCCGACGGAUGUACGGCAACAUUAUUAUGAUCUUUUGCAUGUGGCUGUCGAGGCCCUCCCGCGAUGUCUUUCGCCGGACCUCCCGAUCAACUCUUUGGUUAAUUUGCUUUGCACGGGCACGGCGCAUGUACAGUCGCAUAUUGCUACUUCUUCUGCCAAUUCACUCAAGUCCAUUGCCAGACAGUCGCAUGCCCAGCAAGUCACCAUUGGAUUCGCGCGAUUCAUCUUCAACUUUGACGACCGAUAUUCUACCGUUUCGGAUGGCAGCUUGCUGGGACCUGGUCACAUCGAGAACACGCUCAAGCUGUACGUGGAACUGUUGCAGAUUUGGAUCGAUGACAUUCAGCAACGCACUCGGAAAGCUGUUGCUGAGCCGAGCGAUGAAGAGGAAGGUGUGCGACCUCUGCCGCUCGAUCUCUCGGGAAUUUUGGCCCACGUUGAUGAGGUUGAGUCUCAUGGCCUUUUCUUCCUCUGCUCUCCGUCCCGAGCGGUGCGUGCUGUCGCGGUCAAUGUGCUCCGUCUCAUCACCAAGUUCGAUACUGCAUUGGGAAAGCCGAGCAACCGCAUCAUCAGCAUCCUGCAAGGAAGCUCCCAACGGGUCAUUGACGUGGACGACGAACGCCUGUCGCUUGCCGAGCGUAGUCGUCUGCAAAAGGGCCUGCGUAAAAGCAAUGUCAACAGCACCCUGGUGGAAUUAUGCAGCAGCGAUGUCGCGCAUGACGCGAAUCUAUGGUUCAAGGUCUUCCCAAACCUAGUCCGUUUAAGCUCGGAGAUCUGCUUACACGCCGUGGCCUUGACCCGUGAGCUUGUUUGCCAAAGGUUGUCACACAGUUAUCGUGUUAUCGGAGCAUUCGCAGAAGGUUCCAAGGCCACUGGUACAGCUCUGGAACAGGCAUUUGGACCAAAUCGCCCGCCGACUCGUCUCAACAGCACCUCGCCGGAUAUCAUCAUCGCGCAGUGGAAGACCCAUCUCAUCUUUGCUUGCACGACGCUGACCAAUAUCGGAAAUGCCACAUCGCACCCUAUCUCCAGUCAGAGCUCACAGCACACUCGAAAGGGCUCCAAGUCUUCUGCCGCCAGCCAGGAAAGGAUCGCGUCGGCUUCGGAGCUCUUCUCUCGAGUCGUGCCCUUCUUGUCCGUACCUAAUGCCGCAGUGCGUAAUGCUGCUGUCACCGGUCUGGGCGCUACGAAUGUGACGCUGUUCCAGACGCUGCUGGAGACGCUGCAGCCGUACGUCGCGGCAUGUAGCGCCGAGGCGAAAGAGCGAAUGGCGGCUCACCAGCGAAGCGUCAGCCAUGUGCGAAGAAGCCGACGUACAGACUUUCUCAGAACGGAGAUCACGCAUCUCCUCAGCCUCACGUGCCAUCUACUUCGAGAUCCUGCAAUCUCCAGCGAAGAAUAUGUCAUGACUUAUAUCAUGGAUUACACAAAGCAUUUACGGAUCUUCCUUAGUGAUGCUGAAGUGCAGGCUGAGUUGGAGUUUCAGAAACUUAGGACGUACUUCUGCACUCUUAUCGACGGCUGGUACGAGUGCAUCAGAGAUAUGAAGGAAGGAUCACAGUGGAUGUCUUUCCAGGCUCGGCAAGCUACGUUCUCGCUCAUGGAGAACUGGUGUGGAUUCUCGCCUAACGAAACGCAGUUGCGACGGCAGCAAGAACAUAUUCGUAGAUCUAUCCUCGAACGCGAACGGAACACGCGAAAUCGUGGCAUCAUCAAUUCUGCCAUCGAGAAGGAGAAGAACGAGCUGCAGAUUGCUGCUCUGGGUGCGAUGGCUUCCUUGUGUGCUGGGCCUCUGCGCUUCAUUGCUGAUGGUCGCGUGCUGAUGCAAUUCGAUGUGCGUCGAAUGCUGGCAUGGAUCAAUGCCAUUUUUGAGGCGCCCAGUGAUCGCACGCAUGCCAUCGGCAGGAAGGCUCUGCAAAAUUUGAUCAUCCACAACCCUGAUCAGCCGGCAUUGAUGGCGCAGACGAUACGAAUGUGCUACGUCGCUCGCAUGCCUAAAGCGCUGGCCAGCUAUUUCGAAGUCGUUACAAAAGUGCUGACGGAGAAUACCAAUGCCAACACUCCCUUCUGGAAGAUUUUAUGUGCUGGUCUGUACACACUCGGCAACGAGGACAGCCACAUUCGUAUGAAGUCUGCCCGGUUACUGCGCACGCUGGAAGAGCGUCUCGGCAAGAAUUCGAAGCUGCAAGAUCUUGAUAUCUCAGUCUCCGACAAAACGACUGCUGUGUACAAGCUGGCUCAAUUUGAGAUCUCGCGGCGACUGGCUGCCCAACAUCCCGAGCUCGCAUUUCAUGUUUUCUCCGAGUUCUCGGCCUACUUCAACGAGCUUCAGCCUGACCAUCAGCGAAACAUGGUAUCUGGCAUGCUACCGUGGAUUCAGACCAUUGAGCUACAGCUCGAUCCAAAUGGCGGACCUACUGGUACCUCGUAUAUGCUCCUCGUGAAUUUAUUCGAGAUCACCGUCAAGAGCAGUAUCACGCUUCACAAUGAGAUCCAGGCUCUCUGGCAGGCACUCGCGACAGGAGGCCAUGCAGGGAAUGUCCAGCUUGUGCUGGAUUUCAUCAUCAACAUUUGUCUUGACAAGAAAGAGCAGAGUUUUGUCAUAUAUGCAAAGCAAAUUGUGGUAUUCCUGUCCAAGACUCCUGCUGGUGCUAGGGUGGUCGAGUAUUUGCUUCUGCAGAUUUGUCCAAAGACUAUGGUUGCUGAGCGACGCGAGCCUACGCAAGCACCUCAAGAGACAGUGGGACUUCAGUUGCCGUACGUCGCGGAUCUUUCGUUGGUGCUACCAAGCGGUGCCAAGCAGAAUGGGCUGUCUUUGGGUCAGCUGAGUAUGAUUCUGCUCGUCGACCUGGUCGUCUCGCCAUUUCAGCUUCCCGCAGAUAAGGUGCCGAUGCUUCUGCAGGUCAUUCUCGUGCAGUGGGAUCAGUACGUGAGCAUCGUUCAAGAUCAAGCUCGGGAAAUGCUUGUACACCUCAUCCAUGAGCUGGUUAUCUCCAAGAUCGAUCCAGGCAGCACGGAACCAGACAAGAAAUCUAUUGAGGACUUCAUCGAAUGUGUGCGCCGCCAUGAUCCGAAGAUUGCGUGGUCUUAUUCCGACAGCGAAGUUAGAGCUGGCGAGGAAGAUAAUCGCGCUGUCUCGGAACCCAUGGCGUACGUGGUUGACGAGUGCGUACGCAUCUUCUCCAUUACAUACCCCAACAUUCGAGAGGAAUGGGGUAAGGCCACAAUGCACUGGGCCACUUCUUGUGCUGUGAGACAUGUUGCGUGCCGCAGCUUCCAGGUCUUCAGGUGCGUUCUCACAACGCUUGAUCAGCAGAUGCUCGCGGAUAUGUUGGCGAGACUUUCGAAUACGAUUGCCGAUGACGAAAAUCACGACUAUCUGGUGUUUUCGUUGGAGAUUUUGACUACGCUGAGAAGCAUUAUUGGUGCUCUGGAGCCGCUCAACCUUCUCAAGUAUCCGCAGUUGUUCUGGACGACAUGUGCUUGUCUGGACACCAUCUUCGAGCGCGAAUUCCAGGAAGGUUUGAACAUGUUGUCACAACUUCUUUCGAGGAUGGACUUGAGCGAUCCUGCUGUCAUCAAAAUCCUCAAGGAGAGCCAGCCUGUCAAAUGGGAAGGAGGCUUCAAUGGCGUGCAUGCGCUUUUGUACAAAGGUGUACGAUCGAGCAGGUCGAUGGAGCGCUCUCUACAGAUCAUGGAGAAGCUCAUCAAGAUGCCAGCGAGCGACAUUGUCGGGUCUGACGACCGAUUACUAUUCACGGUCCUUGCGAAUCUGCCGAGAUUUUUGCAUCACUUUGAGAAUGAAAGCGAGGUUCCGUGCUUGGAGUCUGCUGAGACACUUGCUUUCGCAGCCGAGAGUCAGAACUACGUUGGGCUUGCGAAGGUCUUGACUGCCUUUACUCAGCGCAAGUUCAAGACUGGGAAAGACUUCCUUGGUCAAUGCAUGCAAGCCAUUCGAAAUGCUUGGUUCCCGUCGCAAGAAUUCCACAGCCUGGUCUUCCUGCUUGGUAUGGUCAACAAUCAGACUUCGUGGUUCAAGGUCAAGACGAUGCAGGUUCUGUGCGUCAUGAUCCCAGAUAUCGACAUGCGGAAGCCGGAAAUUGCUUGUCAGGGCCCGGAUCUCAUCUCACCGUUGCUGCGUCUGCUGCAGACCGAGCAUUGUCAGCAAGCUUUGGAUGUCCUGGAUAAUGUCAUUGACAUGACUGGGACGCCUCUCGACAACAAACACUUGCGGAUGAGUAUGGCUGGGUCGCAUUCGAGUCGUGCGACGCGAAAGGAGUACGAUAGCACGAAGAGCUUGUAUGGUAUUCCAGAGGAGUCUGGUUGGUCGGUUCCAAUGCCUGCUGUGCACUCUCAGCAGGCGAGAGCGAAUGUGCAUGCUGUGUUCUACACUCUGGCGUACGUGGGACAGAAUGGGUUACAGGAUGGUGGUGAAACUACGACACCGGAGAUCGAGUUCCACAGGGAUGAUUAUUCGGACUCGUACUUUGUCGAUCGCACGGCGACUAUGAUGUCUGAUGACACAAGGACUGCGGACACGAAUAUUGGGGAGUUGACCGAGAAGCUUGACACUCUUGACGACUUUUUCGAAGAGCCUUCGGAAAGCCCUGGGCCACUACGGAACGGAUCUUCGUCGAGAUACGGCGUCGAGGAGCGUGAGAACUUGUACGACCAACAGGCAUUGCCGAUUCUGCACCGCUCUCUCAAGCGCAAUGCCAGUAUCACGUCCUUCCAGACCGGUUUUGCAGAGUCACGGUUUCAACCAGCAGCACCGGCAAUCAUGAACCCCGGCGCUUUCGCUCAGACACAACACCAAGUCCCACCUCAACGACCAGGUCUUCACAACCGCUCCAUCACCUCCCCAUCCAUGCGCACCAAAUCGCCCCCGGCCACCACGACGCGACACUUCGAACUCAUCAAUUCCGACACAGAAGUGGAGACGUUCUCUGACGACGAUCAUCAUUUCGUGUCGCGAACUCACACUGCUGAUGAACCGUAUCAAACCAGUCAAUAUACCACUACGAAACUCAGUGGCACGGGCUCUCUCAAGGCGCUGCGAAGUGGUUUGAGGAGAUUGACGAGUAAUUCGGGCCAUAAGGAGGCGAGAGAGAAUUUGAGGACGAAGGCUAGUCAUGAGAAGGUUCCGCCUGUGCCGAAUGUUACGGGUUCAAGUUCGAGUCGGAAUGGGAAUGGGAAUGGGAAUGGGCCUUUUAGUGCUGAACCGUGA